UUUGUAUUUUGGUUGCAAGCGAGGUAGACUGCUGCAAACAACUCUGUCUUUCUCUCUCUCUCUCUCACACACACACACACACACACACACACACACACACACACAGGAAGUGAGUGAAACUUGUGAACUCAUUCGUCAAGCCAUUUCCGUGUAGUCGCUAUUCACCAGAGAGCGAACCGUCGCCCUGUCACUAACUGCUUUAAUUCGUUCCACAUCUGCGCCUCGUUCUCUAUCUUGUCCUCCCCUCGCCGGCCGGGCUCUGUCCAUUUUGAACUCGCCCCAAGAGAGACAUUCUGGAUCCAAUGCAGGCAGUCCAGAGCCCAGAUCCAAGGGAGCCAGAGCCCACUGAAGAAAGCCUUGGCAUCUCCGAAGGUCUCGGGGAAAGCCACCUAAACAAUGGGGUCCUUGAGACAUUUGCCCAAAAUAUGGCGGAGAACAUUGUCCAGUCGUUUGUGAGCCAAAUGGAAAUCGUGAAAGCUGAGGCGGACUUUGGGGCGUCCAGGUUUAAUCAAAACCAGGAGAUGUUGGCUGAAGACUUGGCCUCAACAGUGAUCGAGGUUGCUCUGAGGGAAGUGUGUCGAGGUCGAAAGGUUCAGGAUCACGUGUCAGAUGAGGUAGAGACGGAUCAAUCUGAUAGUGAAAGAGACUUAUUCGAUAUCGACACAGAGAUGGAUCAAGGCAAAGAAGUCCAGACUUCCAAAGACACCCAGCCAUACAACCCACCUCUCUCCCAGUCAGGUCUUCCCGUUGUGGGAUCCCUCGACUACCCUGACGCCCCUCCAACCACGCCUCUCCUCCCUGAGCUCGAGAAGAGCAGAAGCAGCUUCAGCAGGAAGCUAAAAGGAGGCUUGGCGACGGUUUUCCUACCUUCACCUCCUCCGCCGACACCGAAGGACCACGAGGACGACUCAGACGGUGCUGACCCCCGUGCAGAGCUAAUGGAGCAUCUGAUGCACUCAUUACCCUCAGAUGAUUUGGAGAGGGACUAUCUUGAUUUAGGACCUCACCAUGGAGCCAACGUGGAGGCUUUCGCUGAGGCGCUUUCGUGUGACAUCAUCGACUGGGUCCUGAGUGCCAAAAACGCAGAGCAGAUAACUGAUGGUAGCGAUCUUCAUCUACUAGCCCACCAGCUGGCUGAAACCAUCAUCACUUCCUCCCUUGACGAAGCUAAAACGCUGAUCUAGUGUUUGACGUGAUUAUUGGGAGCAUAUUUGUGAUGGCUGGCAUGUAGACACACUCGCAAAGAGAACUGAUACCCACCCACAUGUUGCCUCCAGGCCGAACGCCACAGCCUGACAGAUUUUUUUGAAGCUCAAUUUACAGCAACAAUAUUGUUUUUCUUAUCUGAAGAACGGUUGUUUAAUGGAUUGAUCUUCCAAUAAAAUUAGUUAAAACUCAUCCAGACGAGGAUUUUAUUGUGAAGCAGCACCUAUUUAUUGCAAGAACUGCCCAAAGAUCCAACAUAAAGAUGGCUGACUCGUCGUUAAAACAAGCUUUGGCACUUUUGAUUAGACGCAUAUCCUGGAAAGCUGUAUAUGUUAGAUGCUGGAUGACGAACCUGGAGUCACGUUAUCUGUCCAAGAUGGAAAAACUCAUAGUCUUGAAUUGCUAUUUUGUCUUGGAUCCAAGUGCAGUGACCAUAAAUGUCCUUUAGAUGGCAAUGCAGGAGCAAAGUGUGUGAGCAUGGGCUCAAAAGUCAGUGGUCACCUGACAGCACCUGAAUAUGAUUCGAUUGUUUUGCUAUAAAUAUGCACAUUGACAGUGUUGUGACAAGCAGCCUAAAGAAAGAUAUUAUAUUAAAUAUUAUUUUGGUAAAAGUGGAAGUCCA